AUAAGUUCGAAUUCAUCAACUCCUUCGUUUUUCGACAUCACUUCAAAUUGUUGGGUUUAUGAUUUCCGUCGAACUUUCCACAUUCAGUGAACUCUAAAAUCCGGUGAAGUCAAAGUUCAAAAUUCGGCGAAGUUUCGACAAUUAGUGAACUCCAAAAUCCGGCGAAGCAAAAAUCGCACUUUUUCCGGCGAAGAGGAAUUGAGAAACCUCCGGCGCGAGAUAGCAACUUCGUUAUGGCUGAGAAGGAGAAGCGGGUACUCAGAGUUUCCCCGAGGAGAAAACUGUCUUCGACAAAGGCAACGGUGGAACUGGAUAAACAGUACAAGUGUUGCUCCGACGGAAGAUCUUAUUUAUGCCAAGAAACCACAUAUGGGAAGAAUGAGCUUCAGAAGCUGAAAGAUUUAUGGAUUUUGAUAAUGGCGAAGCAACAUUUCUUCAAGCCUCUUCUUCCCGGAUUCCACUGUCAUUUGCCUUCUUCUUGAAGAAUAUAGAAGGAAGAGACGAGUAGAAGACGGCGGAGCUGAGAUAGGACGUGUCGAAGAUAACUUGGGAAGUGAAGAUAGAUGGACAGAGACUCACUGACGGUUGUAAAGAGUUUGCUCUCUCACAUGAUGAUAGACUUUAGUGGUAUGAAUGAUAAUGUAAAUACUCGAUUAAAGCCUAUCUUUAUAAACUUCCAUAUAGGCAUGACCACGGUUACGGUUAUU